AUGCGGAGUGUUUUGGACCUGCCAUGGCGCUGCUCAACCUCAGCUCUGCUACGACUAAGGAUUAUCCGUAAGGAUUACAUGUCUUUCACUUGCGUGUACGUGGGAAGUAAGUCAAAUAUUUACUUUGGGGAUUCCACCUCCGAGACAGCCGUGGCUUCCCAGAACUACCAGUACAUCUGCAUCGGUGUCCUGACGUCGAGCGUCAGCAGCAGCACCACGCGCAGCAGCAGCGCAACCAGCAGCACCACUGACAAUCACGAGCGCCACGUCCUCGCUGACGUCGUCGUCAGCCACGACCUUAUCCUCCGUUGA